AUGGCCCUGACCUGCCUACUGCUGCUGAAGAUGCUAAAGGUGGAGAUGGUUGGUGGGAAAGUCCUGGAGGAGACCUACAUGAGGUGGAUCCACUACAAAGACGAAUGUGUGAAGAUGAUUGACUCUGAGCCAUUUCCUCAAGGCUUGUUCUGUAACAGGACGUUUGACCGCUACGCCUGCUGGCCUGAUAGUCCUCCUGGGUUGGUGGUCAACGUGUCCUGUCCCUCCUACCUGCCCUGGUUUGACAAAGUGUCUCAGGGUGUGGUGCGUCGGCGGUGUGGCUCUGAUGGCCACUGGGUGGAGGAGGAGGACGGGGAAGUCUGGAGGGACAUGUCUCAGUGUGAAGAGGAACAGGAAAUCACAUCUCAGGAGCUGUGGUUCAAGCAGCUGAUGGUGAGCUUCAGGAUGCUUUACACGGUUGGCUACACCCUGUCCCUCUUCACCCUGGUCUCAGCACUCAUCAUUCUACUGAGUAUCAGGAAGCUUCACUGCACCCGCAACUACAUCCACGCAAACCUGUUUGUGUCUUUCAUCCUGCGAGCUGUGUCGGUGAUCGUCAAGGACACCAUGCUGGAGCGUCACUGGGGCCGGGAAAUCAUGAGACAGGCCGACCUGGGAGAAAUGCUGAGUCACGAGGCUGCCAUUGGCUGCAGGAUGGCCCAGGUGGUGAUGCAGUAUUGUGUUCUAGCCAAUCACUACUGGUUCUUUGGAGAGGCCAUCUACCUGUAUUCGGUGCUCAUCGCCUCUGUAUUAAUUGAGAACAAGUACUUACCUUAUAUCUGCCUCGGCUGGGGAACCCCUCUUUUAUUUGUCCUUCCUUGGAUGUUGGCCAAGCUAUUGAGAGAAAACAAAGAGUGCUGGGCAGUCAAUGAAAAUAUGAGCUACUGGUGGAUAAUACGGUUCCCCAUUCUGUUUGCGUCACUGAUCAACUUAUUGAUUUUCAUGAAGAUUUUGAAGGUGAUUCUAUCCAAACUACGUGCCAACAAUCAGAAUGGCUAUCCUGACUACAAGCUUCGCUUGGCCAAGGCGACCUUGACCCUCAUCCCUCUAUUUGGCAUCCAUGAGGUCAUCUUCAUCUUCGCCACUGAUGAGCAGACCACUGGCAUCCUGCGCUACAUCAAGGUCUUCUUCACGCUCUUCCUCAACUCAUUUCAGGGAUUUCUGGUGGCUGUGCUGUACUGCUACUGUAACAAAGAGGUGAAGACAGAGCUUGCGAAGAAACUGCGAAGCUGGAGGAUGGAGAUGGAGGUGGUGUGCUGUGGACAGUGACUAACCGAGACAAGAGUAGUACCAUUCUCCAUCGCCACAGUUCCAGAGAACAAUGGAGCUUCUACACCACCAACAGGAGUCCAGCCUGAUAGUCCUCCAUCUCCACAGACUCAGUUCAAGACAGCAUGCUCGGAACACCUCCAUGACACCUGAGUCUCUCGCUCAACUGCAUUGUCGUACCACAACGGCAACCCUGGACAAGAGUACAGACUGCACACACCUAACUCAUAAUGAGACCACAGGGUCUA